ACCGCCGCGAACUGGACCCACUUGGUCAACAUGGACGUCCGCGCUCCUCGAUAACUUCCCUUCAGGCCGCGCAACACGCAAUUACCCACCAACUCUUUAGAACCUCUGAGUGACCUCUUUUCUCCCAAAUUCUGAACAAGAUGGCUGCCGCUGCCACCAACGAGCUGAAGCUCGACCCCAAGUACGACCACUACGACUACCCUACCGUUGCUCCCACCGCCCAAAGUGGACACCCAGGCCACACAACUCCAGAGCAAGAUGCCCAAGUCUUCCAGCUGAGGACCCAGCUGGAGCAGGCUGGCCACACCAAGAACCUCGACACUCUGACCCUGCUACGAUUCCUCCGCGCGCGAAAGUUCAAUGUUGAGCUUGCGAAGCAAAUGUUCGUUGACUGCGAGAAGUGGAGGGCCGAGUACGCUGGCUGCGGUGUUGAUGAGCUGGUCCGCACCUUCGACUACAAGGAGCGACCCGAAGUCUUCAAAUAUUACCCCCAGUACUACCACAAGACGGACAAGGAUGGCCGCCCAGUCUACAUCGAGCAGCUCGGCAACGUCGACCUCACCGCACUCAACAAGAUCACCUCCCAAGACCGUAUGAUCCAGAACCUUGUCUGCGAAUACGAAAAAAUGGCCGACCCCCGUCUCCCUGCCUGCUCCCGCAAGUCUGGCUACCUCCUCGAGACUUCGUGCACAAUCAUGGACCUGAAGGGUGUUGGUAUCGGCAAGGCUACCUCUGUGUACGGUUACUUGGGUGCUGUGUCGCAGAUUGGCCAGAACUACUACCCAGAGCGUAUGGGCAAGAUGUACAUCAUCAACGCCCCCUGGGGCUUCUCCGGUGUCUUCAGCGUUGUCAAGAAGUUCCUCGACCCCGUCACAAGCGCCAAGAUCCACGUUCUCGGCAGCGGAUACCAGAAGGAAUUGCUGGCACAGGUCCCGGCAGAGAACCUACCCAAGGAGUUCGGUGGAAGCUGCCAGUGUGAAAAGGGUUGCCAACUGAGCGAUGCGGGCCCAUGGUGGGAUCCCCAGUGGGCAAAGGAGCCCAAGUGGGCCAAGAAGAGCGACGACGCGAUUGAUAACUCAGCACUUCCUGCACCUACUGAGGGCACUGCUGGUACUGCACCAGCUGCGCCUGUCGGCACUGACCCUGCUACUGCACCUGCACCCGCCACUACUUAGGUAGAGUGUCUUAUUGAGGCGGCGAGGGGUGUAUAGAGUGGCAACGGUUUGGCGUAGGGGCGUGACAUUCGAUAAGGGGUGUGUGAGUUGCUCGCUGAUUGCAAGAUAGAUAGG